UGCCUGAAAGUCAUAUAUGAACAGCAUGAAUUAUAGGAAACCUUACUGCUACUAUUCCAAUGGGAAGCAGUACUUCAAGAAAAGAGAGCAGAAGCAGAUAUCCAAAGGAUAUGGCCUUCCUAAGUCAUUUAAGCCUAGUAAAAACAGGAAUUAUGAGCAGAUAAAUGAUGCUGAUAUUGAGGAAGGGCUUCCAUAUUUCCUCAGUAAGGAAAAUAUCAAGGAUAAGAACGGAAACCGACCAGGUGACAAAGAUUAUGACUGCACAACUCUUUAUGUACCUGAGAAGUAUAUGAAAUAUCGUACACCAGCAAUGAAGCAAUAUUGGAAGCUCAAGUCGGAGAAUUACGACAAAAUUUUGUUGUUUAAACUUGGUAAAUUCUAUGAGCUGUUUUAUGAGGAUGCUAUCAUUGGAAAUAGACACCUAGACCUCAACUGGAUGGGGUCAAUUAAAAAGCUUCAUGUUGGCUUCCCUGAGAAAGCAUUGAAUAAAUAUCUUGGAAUCAUAGUCAACCUUGGUUACAAAGCAGCAGUAGUUGAGCAGAUGGAAACUCCAAGAAUGAGAAAUAAAAGAAUGCAAUCUAAUCUUUAUUAUACUCCAAAAGUAGUUAUGAGAGAAAUAUGAAAUAUUUACAGUAAAGGCACAUUCAUAAACCCAUUUAAGACAUCAUAUGAUUCAAGAUGGGUGCUAGCAUUCACCAGUGAUUUUGAAAGAAAUAUCGGAGUUGUAUUCUUUGAUAUCUCCACUUUGAAGCUAAAUGUUGGUCAGUUCAAGGAUGAUGAAAUGUAUAACAAAUUCAGAAUGCUUUGAUCUCAGCUGAGACCCAUUGAAAUAAUUUAUGACAAAGAUAAACAUUAUCAGGAGCUUAUUAGAAUAUUAGAUAACUCUCCAAAUCCUCCAGCAAAAUCUGACUUGCCAUCAUUUUUAUGUGGAAAUUCUUUUGCUUGAUUAACCAAACUUGAGAAAUAUUUCUCUAUGGACAAAUCAAAGUGGCCAAAAUCACUGAUAGAAAUCCUUCUCAAGAUGGCUAAUUGAGAGAUGGCACUGACCUCCCUAGGAAUGACAAUUUCAUAUCUACAGAAAUCCAUGCUCGAUGAGCAAGUAAUCCAACUUGCCACUUACCAAAUGUAUGAUCCGGAUAAGAUAAAAUCUUCCAAAAUGAUAUUAGAUGCUCAGGCUUUGGAACAACUGCAUAUUCUAGACAUACCAGGUGGGACAGAGAAGGAAAAUACAGCUUCUCUUUUCCAAAUUCUGGAUCAAACCUGCACAAAAUUUGGUAAAAGAAGCUUCAAAAGAUGGGUGACCACACCUCUUUGUUCAAUCCAAAUGAUCAAUGAAAGGUUGGAUGCCAUCGAAGAUCUCAUGUAUCACCCUUCAGAACUCGAAAAAUUCCGUCAAAACCUCAGUACCCUCCCUGACCUGGAAAAGAAGCUCUCCACUAUCUACCAAUACAGCAUCACUCAAAACAAGAAGGCCAUAUACUUCGAGAACAUCAACAGGAAAAGACUGACUGAAUUCUACUCCUUAAUAGAUAUCCUUAAGAAUGUAGGCCAAAUAGUUGAACCUCUAGUCACGAACAAGGCUACGUUUAUGUCAAAAAGACUUAAACAGUUGCUGACUAUAAGGAGAAUGGAGACUGAAGAAAUGGAACAGAAGGAAUUUGAAGAACUUGAUGAUGAUAAAGGGGUUUUGCCAGAUGUUAGUGAGGAGAUGGAGGAGUUUGAACAGAUGAUAGAGUGGAAGACUGAUAAGGAAGAUAAGCCACUUCCGCAGCCGAAAGAUGGGCUAGAUAAGGAGUUUGAUGCGGUUAAGCAGAGGAUUUUAGGGAUAGAAGAUAGGUUUUAUGAUUACCUUGUGACUAUUCAGAAGAGAUAUAAUGAUAUUUCGAUUAGGUAUACUCAUACGAAGUAUCGGUAUGAACUAGAGAUUCCUGAGAAGCAUACUAAAGGGACUAAUAAACCUCCUGAAUAUGAAUUCACUUCUAGCAGGAAGGGGUUUCAUAGGUUUCACACUCCAGAGAUUAGAGAAUUAGUAGAGGAACUAGAAGCAGCAGAAGAAGCUCAAAAUGAAGCCCUUGUUCCUUUUAUAUGCUCAAUAUUUUCGCAUUUUUACUCAAAGAAAGAAAUCUGGGAUAGACUCACAUCCUGCCUAUCUGAGUUAGAUUGCUUAUGCUCUCUUGCUUGAGUGAGCAUGGAUGAGAAAAUGGUUAUGAACAGACCACAAUUCAUUGAUUUUGAGCAGAAUAAAUUCCACUCAUAUCUUGAGCUAAGAAAUAUGAGGCAUCCUGGAGUGGAAGCUACUGGCGUUGAUUUCGUCCCUAAUGACACAAUAGUAGGCAAACGUUAUGAUUUAGAUGAAGAUAUUGAGAAUCAACCUCCUUCAACACUCCUUAUUUCUGGCCCAAAUAUGGGAGGAAAAUCAACAUUAUUGAGACAAACCUGACUAGCAGUGAUAAUGGCCCAACUUGGAUGUUAUGUUCCUGCAGAAACUUGAGUUCUAACUCCUAUUGACAGAAUCUUCACAAGGAUAGGUGCAUCUGACUGAAUUUUUGAAGGAAAAUCAGUAUUCUUUACUGAAAUGGAAGAGACAAAACAAAUUAUUGAUAAUGCAACUUCUCAAAGCCUGGUAAUAAUGGAUGAACUUGGCAGAGGUACCAGCACUUUUGAUGGCUUUUCCAUUGCAAAAGCAUCUCUUAAUUACAUUCAUAAAUCGAUUAAAUGAUUAUGCUUGUUCACAACUCAUUAUCACAUGUUAACAAAGAUAUUUGACCAGGAAUAUGAUAUCAAGAACUACCAUAUGGGAUAUGAAGAAGAUCCUGAAGAAAUGAAAAUAAAAUUUCUGUACAAACUCACUAAAGGAAGAUGCAAGCAAUCCUUUGGGAUCCAAGUGGCCAAGAUUACAGGUCUUCCUGAAGAGAUAUUGUAUUCAGCUCGUGAAAAAUCGAAAGAGCUUUCUUACAAAUUACAAUUACUGACUGAGGAUAUCAAGCGGAUUGAAAAAUAAUAUCUUUCAAUAUUUUAGGCAUA